AUGACUCAUGGAGAAGAGCUUAGCUCUGAAAAACAACAGGAUUCUAUUGUUUUAACCUACCUAGAAGGAUUACUAAUGCAUCAAGCAGCUGGAGGUUCUGGGACGGUGGUUGACAAACACUCUGUUGGCCGUGUAAAAGUUGAAGACAACUUUAACAUUUCUGGUAGUGUUUUCAAUAACUGUAAGAAUAAUGCUACGGUUCACAGUGACGGUCAAGGGUCUGGCAUGCUACAUCUCAAGAAGGCCAGGCUCUUGCAAUCUUCAGAAGAUUGGAACGCUGCAAAGAGGAGACGCUUAUCUGAUUCGCUCACUGUGAAUGGCAAGGACGAGUCUCUUUUAACUGGAGUAGGGGAGAAUGUUCCCAAAGGAAAGCAGGAUAGCACUUUGCUUGCCUCUUUACUUCAGUCAUUUAGUUCCAGGCUGCAGAGUGUUGCUCUGUCUCAACAGAUAAAACAGAGUCUGAAAGACCAAGGAUUUUCCAUCAACCAAGAUACUGUUCAUGAAGAAAAAGAUGACCAGUGUUAUGGUAUGGCCUCCAAUCAUCUAAGGUCACUAUUAAACAAAACCAGAUCAAAAGAUAAAAUAGUUGAGAACAAUCUGACUGUUUUAGGUAAAAAUGCUCUACCAGAGAAGCACAUUGAACCUCCUCAUUCUGUCCAGAGUGCUGCCAAAAGCACAAGUGAGCAAAUUUCGUGUGCUGCAAGACUUCAAGCUGUUGCAAACAUGGUGGAGAAAAGGUCAAGUCCUACUGUUUCACCUAAACCGAGCGUUGCCUGCAGUCAGUUAGCUCUGCUGCUCUCUAGUGAAGCACACCUGCAGCAGUACUCUAGGGAACAUGCCUUAAAAGCACAGAGUGCAAGUCAGUUAGCCAGUGAAAGACUGGCUGCCAUGGCAAGACUGAAGGAGACCUCUGAAAAAGAUCUUAACCGGUUCCAGUUGACAGCAAAUGUUGCAAAUAGCCUGAACAGUCAAACUCGGACAAUAACUAAUGGUCUAAGUGAUCCAGGCAAUAUGUCUCCUUUUCCAGGUCAGCUUGGAGUUCCAAGUUCUCCCCUCAAAUCAGUUGGUUAUAAGCAUCAUAUAGAUAAAAACCAUCCAAAGCCUUCACCCAACAACAGUUUGCUUUUGCAUCUGCUCAAAAGCCACAAUGGUUCAAGUGUUGGAAAAAGCCACAUACAUAGUGAAAAAUAUUCUCUUUUUGAAGAAAGUGCUACACCAACAACUACAGAUGACUACUCUGAUAACAAUCCUAGUUUUACAGAAGAGGAGAGCAGUGAUGAUGAAAGUACUCAUUCUAACUGUGCUCCUAUAGAUUUGUCCUGCUGCAAAAAUCGGGCAGAUAGGCCUCAAUCAUUGCACUCAGCAGCCUCUAUAGAUAAUUUAACAGAAACUUUGCUUAAAACCUGGGACCCAAAAGUUAAUGGACUUGAAAAUGGUAAGGAAAACAAAGACUCCUCCAUGGAUUCAACACUAAAACCAUAUCAGAAAGUAACGUUAUUACAGUUGCUUCUUGGCCAUAAAAUGGAUGACAGCCCUGCAAUAUUGGAUGACACACAAAUAAUAGAUGAACCACGAACACAACAAAAGACAGCUGACUUGUCGAAGUUUAAUUUGACUCCACCUGUCCAUCUUUCGGAAAGUCCUAGCAUUCAUAAUUCUUCUCCAUUAAACACACUAUCUUUGCAUAGGUCCACAGCAUCUGCCUCUCCUUUAAAUUUAACUCAUCAGCCAUUUCCAGUUAAGCCCAACUUCCCUUCCUAUGUAAGCAGUGUUCAGCCAGAAAGAAUCGUUAAUCCAGCUUCAAAGCAUUUGAUGGAGCUUACAAGAAGCAAAACACUUCAAACUGCUGUCCCAGUACCAAAUGACAAUGCACAAACCAAUGCUGCUUUUAGCGCUAGCAAGCUGCUACAAAAUUUAGCUCAAUGUGGAAAGCAGAGCACUACUCCUGAGGAACAAAGGCCACAGAAACCAAUGGGUGCAAUAAAUUCCAAUGCUAUAGGGUUAAUUGAUAGAAUAAGCAGUCCUCUAAUCACAAAUCAGUCACAUCCAUUUGAAGAAGGUAGGGGAUUUAGCAGUCCAUCUACUCCAUUAGAUUCUGGGUUUCCUGGAUCUGAAAUUGAGAACCUUUUAGAACGACGCACAGUACUUCAGCUACUUCUAGCUGCACCUAACAAAUGCAGAAGUGAAACAAUGCAGAAACCCAUUGUAAAAAAUGAAAUAAUCCCAGAUAGGACUGAAAACUUGGCAGAUGAACAGAUUGUAGCUGUCAAAAUCAAAACAGAGCCAGAAGAAGAAUCAAAUUCCCAUCAAACAAGAGAUGCAAAUACCCCAAACACAGGUAUAUUUCUUCAGAAAGCACCUAGACCUCCUCCUGAGGACAUAAAAGCUCUGCACCCUACCCCACAUGAUUUCUCAGUGUCAAAAAAUGGUCUUUUGAGUCGCUUAUUGCGUCAGACCAAUGACGUAUUUGACUCUUGUGAUCUGGGUUUAAAUAUCCAGCACCCAGAAUGCAAGCAAGCCGAAUCAAAGAUGUCUUGCAUAGUGCCCAAAAAGAGAAAAAUGCAUCCGAAUAAUCCUGCAGAAAGCCAUGUCAAACUAGCAAAACCUAAUUCUCCAGACACUGGAAACAAGCAGUUUUGUUAUACACCCUGUUCAAGUGAGUCAUCUUUCCUUCGGGAGGAAGUAAAUGGCACACUGAUGGAUCAUGACCAUAAAAAUCUUACAAUUCAGAAUGUCUUUAGUGAAAAUAAAAAUGUUGGCUGGUCAAGAGAGAGUAAAGGUUUUAACGUGCUGAAACAGCUUUUGCUUUCAGAAAACUGUGUCCGAGAUUCUCAACAUAGGAAUAAUGUUGCAGUUGAAGAGUUGAUGAGGGGAAACCAAAGCAACUUAGCAGGCAAUUCUGAACUUAUUCUUCCGUCAUUGAAUAUGUUUAUGGGAAAGCCUUCUCAACAAAAUAGUUUUGGUCAAAUGGCAUUUCAGUAUCCAUCUCCUUUAAGUCAUGCUCCUCGUUCUUCCCCAGACAUUCUCAGAAAUAGCUCACCACGGACUGAGCCUGGACAUAUAAAUAUGUACCCAAAUCCUAGUGACAAAGGACCCAUCAAAUGGGUUAUUGCAGACAAUGACAAAAAUGAUCGUGGGAAAGAUUCUCCAAGGCUGACAAAAACUAACCCCAUAUUGUAUUAUAUGUUGCAAAAAGGGGCUCAUUCGGCGGCUGGUCAUAAUUUCCGGGAUCAGACCAGCUGGACGGAAUCUUUUUUGGGACAAGCAGCAGAGAUGACUUUAAAAAGAGAAUCCCUCCACUCCCCAGGAACCAAUAUGCUUGGUUUUAAUAAGCCUUCCAAUCACAAUGUAAAUAAAACUUUACACAAUUCCAAUGGCAGCAAGUAUGGGCUCUUUGAUAUGCUUUCAAUAAAAAAGGAACCUGAAUAA